AUGGAAGCAAGCGAAGUAUCAAGUAUUACGGAAAGUAACAAAGAAUAUUUUAAUAAAGAUGCAUCAACGUACGAUACACAUCCUGCCCGUGUUCUUUGUGCAAAAAAAUGCGCAGAAGCAAUUUUGAGAGAGGUUAAAGAUCCCGAAGGGUAUGAAGUUAUGGAUUUUGCUUGCGGAACUGGAUUAAUAUCUCAGGAUUUAUGCGCUCAUGUAAAAUCUGUCCUUGGAGUAGAUUUGUCGCAAAAUAUGGUGAAUGAAUAUAAUAAAAAGGUUUUGGAACAAGGAAUUGAUAAAGAAGAAAUGCAGGCAAUUUGUUCAGAGCUAAAAGAAUCCGAAGGUGACCAAUUAAAUGGACGAAAAUUCGAUCUUAUUGUGUGUGCGUCAGCGUAUCAUCAUAUUGACGACGUUGAAUCGACAACAAGAGUACUAGCCAGCUACCUUAAACAAGGUGGAGAAUUAAUUGUUCUAGAUUUGAAAAAACAACCGGAAAUUUCACAUAUGUUUCAUGGGGGAGAAUUAGAAAAAAUAUUUCUUGCAACUGGUAUGCUUGAGAAUGUUAGCUCAAAAGUUGCAUUUAAUUUGUCAAAAAAAAUCGAAAAAGAUGAACAUACGUUUGAAUGGUUUUUGGUGAAAGGAAAGAAAAUUUAA